AUGGCCACCACCGAGGACGACGUGCCCAUGCAGAAUCCACCCGAGAUCCCAGCGUCGAGCAAUGAACCCAAAUAUGGCGGUUUCACGCGCUUUGAGAUCGAGCUAGAGUUUGUUCAGUCGCUCGCCAAUCCAAUGUACCUCAACCAUCUAGCAUCGCAGAAGUAUCUCCAAAAUCCGCAAUUCGUCGCCUACCUCGCCUACCUCCAGUACUGGACGCGCCCGCCGUAUCUCAAAUAUCUCAGCUUCCCCGGGCCGACGUUGCGAAACCUCGAGCUCCUGCAGCAGGAGCGUUUCCGACAGGACAUUUUGAGUCCGGACUUGGUGGGGCGGUUGAUGGAAGAAGGCAUGAGAGCGGCAGUCGACUGGCACAAAGAGGCAUAG